AUGACAAGCAUCCGCAUUGCGGACCCUGUCCACCAAAAGGAUGAAGCCCGAGAUGGGGUCUCGACAACGGGGCAGAGCAUCUACCAAAUGCACUCUGUUUCCCAGCAAGAUGUUAUCGAACAGGAUAUAUGCAAUAUCCGUUCUAGGCCUAUCGAAAGGGGUUCUGGAUUGGAACAGGCCGACGACGACCCAGGAUUGCGGAAUCCCGACGACUUCAAGGGUCGACAAGAUUUCAAAGGCAAAAUCCUUUUCUGGCUUGCCUACCAAUCCAUCGGUGUGAUCUAUGGUGAUAUCGGCACCAGCCCCCUCUACGUGUAUUCAUCGACAUUCAGUGAGCCACCAUCACGACAAGACAUCAUUGGAGUCUUGUCUAUAGUCAUCUGGUCGUUGAUAAUGAUGGUUACUGUGAAGUAUAUCCUCAUAAUUCUCCGUGCCGACAACGACGGCGAGGGUGGGACGUUCAGCACGUAUUCUCUAUUGAGUCGAUACAUGAACAUAACAAACCGUGAUCCUCGAGAAGCAUCUUUGGUACAAAUGAAAAGACACCUAACAGGCGAUCUUGAGCAUGCCGGUCAGAAAAUGCGUCGCUAUCUCGAGUCGAGCAAAUUCGCUAGAGGACUAUUAAAAGUCAUGGGUGUGUUGGCCGUGACAAUGGUUUUGGCGGAUGGACUUUUGACCCCUGCGCAAUCCAUUCUCGGAGCCGUACAGGGCAUCGAGGUUGUCCAGCCAAACAUAUCAAGGGGGACCAUUAUUGGUGUCACCGAUGCUAUUAUUGUGGUCCUGUUUGCGAUCCAGGCAUUAGGCAUCACCAAGCUGACAAUGGCGUUUUCUCCGAUUAUCAUAAUUUGGCUCGGCUUCAAUGCUGUGUUUGGAAUUUACAAUCUUGCAAAUUACGACGCCAGCGUGUUCCAGGCAUUCAACCCUGGUCUGGCAUUUCAAUUUCUCAUUCGCCAUGGACAAGGCGGAUGGAGAACUCUAGGUGGUACUUUACUCGCUUUUACCGGUGUUGAGGCCCUGUUUGCCGACCUGGGAGCUUUCAGUCGACGGGCAAUACAGAUUAGCUGGCUAUGCUAUACCUUCCCAUGCCUUUUACUGGCAUACAUAGGACAGGCGGCAUAUAUUAGCGUGCACCCAGAGGCAUAUUCCAACCCAUUUUUUAACACUGUGCCUCCGGGAACGGUGUAUCCUUCACUUGUGAUUGCCAUUUUGGCUGCUAUUGUGGCAUCACAGGCAAUCAUAACUGCAACAUUUCAACUCUUAUCACAAGUCAUGAAACUGUCAUACAUGCCACAGAUUACUGUGAUUCAUACAUCUCGCAUAUUCCAUGGCCAACUUUAUAUCCCAGUUGCUAACUGGUUAAUGAUGAUUGGAACGAUUAUGGUUGCUUCUAUCUUCAAUAAUACAACUUCUCUCGGCAACGCGUACGGGGUGUGCGUCAUGUUUGUCACCUUCUUUGACACCUGCAUGGUCUCACUCGUUGCUAUAUUCGUGUGGCGUCUCAGCCCAUACCUUGUUUUCCUCCCCUGGCUAACUGUUGCGUGUUUGGACGGGGCAUAUCUAUCAUCAGUCUUGACCAAGGUUCCCGAAGGAGCAUGGGUCACGCUCAUGAUUGCUGCCAUAUUGGCACUGCUAUUCCUUCUGUGGAGAUACGGCAAAGAACAGCAAUGGUUCGCCGAGGCGGAGGAUCGGUUUCACACCUCCCAUUUUAUUAGCAGACCCAUGACCGAGAUCGGAUCAGAGAUGCCAAUGUUGCGUCUGACGAAGCGUUAUGGAGCAUAUCCACUAAACACGACACGGGGCCUCGGUAUAUUCUUUGACAAGGCUGGAGAAACAACACCCAUAGUCUUUAGUCAGUUCGUCUUGAAACUGACGUCAAUGCCCGAGGUUAUUGUAUUUUUCCAUUUACGCCCUCUCGAAAUGCCGUCUGUUCAGCCCGAGAGUCGGUAUACCUUGUCUCGCUUGGCAGUUCCAAACUGCUAUCGUCUUGUCGUGCGAUAUGGAUACAAUGACGAGAUUAUUACACCCAAUUUAGCCAACGUUAUCGUGGAACAAGUCCGAAAGUGGCUCCUACGGGACUAUCAAGUUCCGUCUACCGAAGGGACUACUACUACCGAGACUAUGGCCGAAGACGAGAAAGACAAAUCCACAACCAAUACCGACAUCUCACUCAAUGACAUUGCCAGCAGCACUUCAAACCGAGAUGUCGCCCGCGAAUUGGCAAAACUUGAAGCAGCGCACUCACACAAAGUCUUGUACAUCAUCGGCAAAGAGCAGAUGAAAAUUAAACUGGAUACCAGCCUGCCUAGGAGAGUCUUGUUGAAUUUGUUUUUGUGGAUUCGGGAUAAUACGAGAAAUAAAAUAGCCAAUUUGCGUCUGCCAAUUGACAGGGUGAUUGAGGUGGGAUUUUUGAAGGAGAUAUGA